AUGACAACUGCACAGCUGAUCAGUGAGUUCUGCUCCCUCGGCCAUGCACCCAGUAUUACCCUGUGGAACAGCACCUGGCGUCAGGUGUUCACCUCAGCAGAUGACGUGUACAAUGCAUGUGAUGCGUGGAUGGUUGAAUUUCUUAGAACACAGGUUAGCAGGCCUGCAACCAAGCCAACUUCAACUGAGCAGUGGAUGUUAGUUGUUGAGUUAGAUACUGGAGUGGAGUUGUUCACGACACUUGGGACUCUUCUUGAUACUGGAAUAGAGCCAAUCCUGCAAUGGGAUAUUGGUGAUCCUGUCGUGGAUCUCCCCCCAGAGUCCAAAGCUAACAUAGAGACAUCCAUCAUUGUGACUUCUCCUUGUGCUGCUGAUGUGGCCAUCAUCUUUCCUGUUAUCAAGUCCAACAAUAAUGAUGUGAAGACUCUGUUUGCGGGAGUCAGUUACCAAGCUUUAGCCCUUGGCACCAUCGAGUGGUUUGAACCAGAAAUACAUGAUGCACCUAACGGAUCGUAUGUGGUUGAUGCAGCCCUGACCAACCAACAUCUUCUGGUUCUGUUGGACUCUGGCUUGUACGUGAGUAACAACCUGGUGGAUAAAGAGGAAGAUGACCACCACGAAGAGGAAGAAGAAGAUCAUGAGGAGGAGGAAGAAGAAGAAGAAGAAGAAGAAGAAGAAGAAGAAGAUGGCCAUGGUCAUAAGCGGCGGCGGAAAUCGGAGUAUGGGCAAGGUCAUGGGAGGCGACGGAGAGAGGAGGAGGAACAUGAAGGGAGCGAGAUCACAUUCAGUGAAGUCCACGGACCUUGGCAUGAGGAAGACCAUGCUGAUUUGUGCCUGACUUAUACAAGUGUUUGCUUGUGCAGGGAAGGAGAUGAUAUGCAGAGUGAAAUUGUCGUCAUUGGACCUCGGAACCAGACGAGGGAGAGUUGGUGUUAUAUGCAGCCUCCUUACACAGAGCUGCACUGCUUCGACAGCUUUGCAGCUGAGGCGGGCCUAUCGCAUGUCAUAUCCUUGGCCUACAAUGUGCACAUGAAUGGAUUAACGAUGGCUUUUGAAACUAAGGAUGGUGAUGUUGCAGUGCAAGCAUGGCUGAUGAACGACCACUACGAACUGCAAGAGCACUCACUUCAUCCUCCGUUCAUCUUCCCCCCAUCCUUCAGGCUUAACAAGAUGGAGUUCCACCCAAAAACGAACGAUCUUGUUGCCUAUGGGAACGAGGUUUGGAAUUCAGUUGACGGUGGGAACUUCUUCCGGCAGCUGAUGGUGUUAGAGAAUGGUGACAGUGUUGUUAGGAUGAGUGUGGGUAAACAGUCUGGGGAUGUUUUGUUGAUGUCGGAGCAAGGAUACAUUCUGUAUGGCAAGAGUGGAAUACUUCGCCUCGCCUACGUGUCGCCUGACCUGAUGCUGACAUGUCUAGACACGUACGUCCCACUGAUUGACCACAUCAACAACGUCCAUUUGGUUGGAUGGUGCAAUGCUUCAGGUGGCGAGACAAAGCUUUGGAGAGAGACGCUGAAUGUCACAGAGACUCUGGAGUCUUUGGAUCAGGCGUUUCCCCGCAUUCUCGUGCCGCUCAUUCUGAGUGAGAGGAGCCUCUUUCUGUUUGAAUACUCGCCCUCGGAUACCAAGUCUAAAUUUCACCAAGGGAACAUUGGACAACUGAUUGUUCUUAAAAAAGGAGGAUCCGCCCAGAUAAAAGAGAGAUAUCUCCGGACGUCCGACACAAGAUUUGUAUCUCUCCUGCAGGCAUAUAUCCAUGAUCCAUUACACUUUGAAAAUAUCAAUGAUAGUCCUGCCCAGGAGUUUGAUGUUGAAAUCUCGCCUAUUGAUGUAAAUCACCUGACCAAUGUUGCCCUCAAAAUCACAAAUCCUGAUAACAAACCUGGUUGGUUGGCAACAGACGUAGGAAAGACUGUCUGGAUCGCUGGUAGCGGUUCGUUCCUCAUCACCGCCGUCGUCGAUAACCUCAACGCUGAUGGCAUCUCCGUGCUUCCUCUCAAGGAGAACGUCAAUGAAAAGAAGGGCUACUGGUAUAUGUAUGAUUUUGGUCUUAACGGGGGAGUGCCCCAGUGGAAACUGCAAGAGGACGCAUGUCACCAGACAAUAAUAGCUACGGUGAACUACACCUACAUCUCUUACGUUGAGUUGGACUUGAAACAGAAGUUUGAGAUAACCAUGGUGUCAUCACUGCAGCAGGGUGGCAUACCCUUCAGCCAAGAGCUCCACGCGUCUUUGAGUAACCCAUGGCAUUUUAACAUCAAACCGACUUACCACAUUCAAGGCAAUGGGUAUCACAGUCUCACAAUCAGCCUUGAUGCCUAUGUCAAUAGAAAGGGAAAAACGGCGAUAAAUUUCAAGAUGUCUAAAUCAUCUCUGUUGUGCAAGAAGACUUCUCACACCAUAACCAUAGCCUCUGCGUGCCCAUACGGAACCCACCUGAAAUUCCACCAUGAAGUCGACAUUGCAAAUGAUGUGUUCCUCCAUGGUGAGCAGUAUAAUGAGAAGGGCAUUCCAUUGCUGUUUGACCUGCCGGUGAACUACCGACCACCGUCAGCAUUAGGUGUUGAGAUCCCCAUUUCUGAUAAUAUCUACAACGCGGACCCCAGCCAGCCACUCUUUAAUAGUCAACACCUUAGAUCCAAGGUGACAGGUACUUACAAGCAAUGUAAUGGUAAGACGAGCAAGGCAAAAUGCGGCUGCACUGAAGCGAUGAAGUUGUCUUCUCAAACGUCUAUGUCGGACUGUAUUGAGCGUGUUUAUGCGGUUGAACAUUCUGCCAAAGUGGUGCUGGAGUUCACGUUGGAUCAACCUGGGAAGUACCCGCUCUCCCUCUCGAGCGUGUACGUGUUGGCCAUCGAGGAGUUGAACAACAGGACAAACUAUGACUGCAUCACGUAUGUCAAGACAGACGAGCGAUUCAAAUCCAAAUGA